GCCAACCAAACAGACCCAAGCAGAAGCGUUUAGCAGAAGAAACUCUUAGUCGGCAGGGCAGAAGUAAACGAAACGUGUGAAUUUUCGUUCUUCAAAAAUGAUUGUUGAUUUCAUUAGACACUUGAUUCAAGCAAUCAUGCAGUUAAUAUUUCCAGUAAAGAUGAAAGUUUCAUAUGGGUUAAAAGUUUACAUUAAAUCAAGUACUGGGAACAUGUUAGUCGAGCUAGACCCGAAAUGGGAUAUUCGAAGUUUAAAGGAACGGGUAGCACCGAAGUUGGGCCUGGCUCCUGAGGACGUCAAAAUUAUCUUUGCUGGGAAAGAACUCAUGGAUUCAAUCGUUAUUGAGGAAUGUGACUUGGGCCAGCAGAGUAUUCUACAUGCAGUGAAAAUACGCCAUGUUGAUAAAAGUCAAUCUUCUGGAAAUACCUCGGAGUCCCAUGGAUCAAGACCAAUGAAUGAAACCUUGAUGGAUUGGCAACUAACAGCGAAGGAGUGUAAGAAUUUGACAACUGAUGAAGAGCGUGAGCGCAGGAAGGCACAUUUCUAUGUGUACUGCCCCUCUCCAUGCAAGGGAAUGCAACAGGGAAAGCUAAGAGUUAGGUGUGACUCAUGUCGGAGUGGUGCCUUCACUGUUGAUCGUGAUCCACAGUGCUGGGCUGAUGUUCUGCAAAAGCAUCGCAUUACUGGGACGUGUGAAGAUGAAGUCUGUCAGGAUUCUCACACAGAUGGGCCUCAAUUUGCAGAGUUCUUUAUGAAGUGUGCAGAACAUGCAUCACAAGGUGAAGAGGACCAAGCUGUGCCUUUGUACUUAAUCAAACCAAAUGUGAGGGAUAUUCCCUGCCUUGCAUGUACUGAAGUCAGUGAUCCAGUUUUAGUGUUCCCUUGCAAAGAAGGGCAUGUGACAUGCUUGGAUUGUUUUCGAACUUAUUGUGUCUCACGCCUCAGAGAUCGACAGUUUUGGUCGCAUCCAGACUUAGGAUAUACUCUACCAUGUCCUGCUGGCUGUCCUGAUUCCUUGAUUGAGGAAGUUCAUCAUUUUCAUUUGCUCACCAACGAGCAGCUUAGGAUGUAUCAGCAAUUUGGAACCGAGGAAUUUGUUCUUCAAGCAGGAGGUGUGCUUUGCCCACAGCCCGGCUGUGGCAUGGGUAUUUUAGCUCCUGAAGACUGCCGUCGAAUCCAGUGUCAGAAUGGCUGUGGGUUUGUUUUCUGCCGUCAAUGCCUGCAAGGAUUCCACCUUGGAGAGUGCUCUGAAACAGGGGAGGGACUCAUGGACCGGAAAGAAGGAAGUUGCCAGUACAAUGUGGAUCCAGUUAAUGCUAGUCAGGCUCGUUGGGAUGAGGCAAGCAAAGUUGCCAUCCGCGUUACUACAAAGCCAUGUCCUAAAUGCCGUACUGCAACUGAGAGAGAUGGUGGAUGCAUGCAUAUGGUAUGCACAAGACCCCAGUGUGGUUUCCAUUGGUGCUGGGUCUGUCAAACAGAGUGGACCAGAGAAUGUAUGGGUAGUCAUUGGUUUGGCUGAAGGGAUUUUUUCUUCAUUCGUCUGAGAUAUGUUUAGUUCCUGCUUUUGAAAUUCAAACCAAGUGGCAAUUCACAAAAUUUGGCACUGCAGUAUAUGCUUUUAACGAAUAAAGUGCUUGGCCUUAUUUGGUUGCAUACAGAAGUGGAACUAAAUUAGUUAGGUACAUAGUCGUAGUAAUUAAUCUUUAGAGUUUGUGAUAUUUUUUCCUUUGUAAAAGAGUAUUUUGGUAUAUUUUAAAUAUUGUAUUUUUCUUGGGGAGGAGUAUUUGAAUAAUUUUGUACUGAAAGUAUACAUACAAAUCCAAAGGGCCAAGAUGUGAUCUUAGCAACAAAUUUGUUUGUGUUUCUUAGGGUAGCUUUGACAAAAUGGUACCGAGUGUGAUAAUAAAAACCAGACUGAUGCAAUAAUGUUAA